AUGUCUCGCCGACCGCGAACUUGUCCGCGGACAGAGCUCUCCUCCGCUAGCGCUUCCCCCUCCGCGAAACCGUUUCCAAUUCACGGGGAGCUGCUGGCGGGCGUGCUGGCGCUGCUGGACCCGCUGCUGCUGCUGCGCGCGCGACUCGUAUGCGCGGAAUGGUGGCACGUCAUCAGCUCCUCGCGCCACCUGUGGCAGCGAGUGGUAGAGAGACAAGUGACGCUGGCCGAUAGGGCACGUGCUGGGGCAGAUAUCGCCACGGAGGGAGCUGAAGGGGGGAACGCGGGGCUCGGAAAUGCGGAAGUAGGAGGAGGAGGCGCGGGUGACGAGAAGAAUAGGUCGGGCGGGGGCGAAAAGGGGGGCGCAGCGCGGAGGGGAACAAAGGAGAGGGGAGGAAAGGCGGAGAGUGGGGGCGCGGGAAGGGAAGCGGGAAGAGGGCAGGAUGGCGCGGAGGAGGGGAGCGGGGGGGAGGAGGUGGAGGGGAUGGGGAGUGAGGGCGUGCGCGCGGCCGUAGGGAUGGCGGUGGGGGCGGAGCAGAGGAGACGGUAUGGGCGGGGGGAAGUGAGGGUGUGUGUGAUGCGCGGCCACACCAGGGGGAGAGUAGGCAGUGUGGCGAUGCGGCAUGGCGUGGUGGCCACGGGCGGCUCAGAUGAUUGUGUGCGCCUGUGGCAGGUUCAUGCACUCCCAGCUCUCCCAUCCGCGCAUGCUUCUGCCUCCUCCUCGCCCUUCUCCCCGCCUGCCUGCUGUCAGACGGCUUGCUUCCCCUCUCCAGCCUCUCAGCCCAUCACAGCCGUUGAUCUAACAGACGUGAUGCUCCUUGCUGCAUCGGGCACGCAGGUCUUUGCAUGGAACAAGGAGACCGGGAAGCUGCUCAGAAGCUUCGGCGGCCACCACCAGCGCAUUCGCACGAUCAGCUAUGACGACACGGACCUGCUAGCAGCAUGCAGCGACGGCACUGUUCAUGUGUACGACAUAUACAGUGGCAUGACCACCCACAUCCUCCGUCCACACGCUCGGGCGCGUGGCGGGGCGGCAGCCAUGAGCUACAGUUCCACCAUGGGGCUGCUGCUGUCGGGCGGCACGGACGGCACGGUUCGUCUUACUGACUGCCGCUCAUCGCUGCAACUGCACACCCUGCUCUUCACCGACCCCUCCCCAGUGACUUCGGUGCUUCUCUCAGCGCCCAGCAACCGAGUGAUGGCCGCUUCGGCAUCGGGCCACCUGCGAGUGUGGGACCUCAGGUCCCCUUCUCACACACUCAUGGAUACUGCAAUCUCGCCCCCCACCAACACCACACUCGCCCUCCCCUCCUCCCCACUCGCGCUCCCACUUGUCAUGCUGACAGCUGGCGCCACGGGAUUGGUCCAAAUCUUGGAUGCCGCCUCCCUCACUCCCCUUCGCCGCCUGCGCCGGCCGCCACUAGCCGAGCUGGCACUGGGCGGCGGAGCAGGGGUUGCAGUUGAGGUGGAUAGGAGUGGUGGGACAGGAGAAGGGCAGGGAUUAAUGCGAGGAACAGGGUGGGCCAUGAGGGAAGGUGGGGAAGAGAAGGUGCAGAGCCAGGGUGGGCAGAGGGGUAGGGGCAGCAUGGAGGAGCAUGCUUCGACUGGAGGAAACGGGGCAGCUGCUGGUGUGAGCGGUAGGGGGGUGUUGGGAGGAGUGACAGCUGGAGUAACUGGCAUCGCUGCAAGAACAUCCACCUUUGUCACAUCGCAUGUCGAUGGAACUGCAACCUUAUGGUUUGUUGGUCUGUAG